AGCGCGUGCGCGGGGCGGAGCUGCGGCAUCCACGCUGUGUAGUGCAGUGUAGGUCUGGCGGCAGGAAAGCCCUCAGCGCGGGCAUGGAUUUCGAGAAUCUCUUCUCAAAGCCUCCCAACCCGGCCCUCGGCAAGAAACAGUCCUCGGACCCUGAAGAAAGAACCGAUGAUGAAGUAGAUGAUUCAGACACUGAAGAAACACAAGAAGAGAAAAUAAAAUGGGGAGUAAAACUGGAGAGUGAGCAAAUCCCCCAAAAAGUUAAGCGUUUUGGAAACUCUACAUCACCACCAAAGAAACCGUUACGUAUAAAAUCCAGAAGUAAGGACUAUGAUACGUACAGUGAUGACGAUAUCUGCGCUCAGGACUCGGAAGAUACUUUUGCCCAGGAGCUUCAGCAGUACAUAAAGGCUAAAGAGAUGGCAAGUGCCACCCAGUCCUUAGCCCUUCCCGAGCACUCCGUGGCAGAGGAGGGAGCGAACGGUGCCCAGCAAGCUACUAAGCAGAAAAAUAAGAAAUCUAAAGCUGGUCAAAAGAAUGGUAAACAGAAGAAAAUGAAGCGAAAAUGGUCUGACACUGGAAACAAAGGGUCCAACGGCUUGCCAAGGAAAAAGGGCUCCCAGGAAGAGGAUGAUAAGCCUAAGGAGAAGCGGCAGCCCGUCAUGAGUCAGGGAUUCAUCAACCAGCAUACUGUGAUGCGCGAGGGAAGACAGAUCUGCAAAUAUUUUCUUGAAAGGAAGUGUAUUAAGGGAGACCAAUGUAAAUUUGACCACGAUGCUGAAAUAGAGAAGAAAAAGAUGAUGUGUAAAUUUUAUGUGCAAGGCUAUUGUACCAGAGGUGAAAACUGUCUGUUUUUGCAUAAUGAAUAUCCUUGCAAGUUUUACCACACAGGAACAAAGUGCUAUCAGGGAGAGUACUGCAAGUUUUCACAUGCUCCACUGACGGACGAGACACGGGAGCUCCUGGCCAGAGUUUUGGAUGCUGAAAAGAAAUAAUGUAAAUAACGUAGACAAGAAAAGAUUUCGUUGGCUAGAACCACUUAUGCAAGGCAGAGUAGAAGUGAACACAAAUAGAAAAUGUUGCCUGUGUCAGUGCAAGGCGGGAUAGUUCAGGGUCUGACCGUUAUGUGAUGUCAGCAGUUGUUUUGUUGUGAGUGUGCUGUUAAUUUGGGGGAGUCUCUCCUGUUUGGCAUGUUGAAGAUUUUUCUCGUGGAUGGGUAUUGGAUUUUGUCAGAUGCAUUUUCUUCAUCUAUUGAGACGAUCCUGUAAUUUUUCCUUUAUUAACCUGACAAAUACUAAUCUCCCCUUCUCACUGGACGUUAAGCUCCAGACUCCUCAGUAGGCACACUGCUCCUCUUUGACUUUUAAAUUUUCCAAUCUGUUUUUUCUUGUAUUCUUAUUUUGACAUGAUUUUUUUUUUCUUGUAUCAUUUCUGAUGUUUCUGAGCUCUUUGUUUCAUUACCUACAUGUUUUUGCUCAUUUGUAGUCUUGACUUUUGAAUUUUGGUUGAAAGUGUUUUUCACAUUCCCAGAAGAAUGUUUAAUUCAUUUUGGAUUUUUGUGCUGCAGGGGUUUUUGGAGAGAGCCAGGGGAGCAGGGCCAGCCACAGGUGACUGUCCACAAGCUAAUGCCGCUGCCCUCUUUCCUUCUGUGGCUUGUAGAGUGAGGCGUGCCGAUGCCUGUCCUCUCAGAGCUCUUCCAGCACUGGCCAUUCGAAGCAGUUUACAAGGUUGCUCGAUGAAGGCGCCCUUUUGUGCCAUGGUGAUGCUGUGCAGUUUCUUCAAUGAUGAUACAGAGGGCCGGAAAUCCACUGUGCAAGUGAAGGGGCUGAUUGUCACCAAGAUGCCGCAGCCGUUGGAACGUACGACAGACACUCGUGGGUGGAGAAGGUGGACGUGGAUGAUGGAAGUCUCUUGUGACUGCGUUUUCCCAAUAAACUGGAAGGAAGGCAAGGCUGGGCUGAGUGAGGACAGGUGGAAUGCUGUAGAUCUGAGGGGAGAGCUGUGGAAAGACAAGGGGAUGGUGCAAAACUACGACUAGAUCUCUUCAUGUCAUUAAAGACCCUCACGACACGUUCUUGGUGGGGUGGUUAUUCACAGUCUGGUUCAUAGCUUAAAGCAAAUUAUGGUUUUUUCAUUUUUUAAGACUGUUGGGAAUUGAUUUGUUAAAUAAAAUGAACAAUAUCUUGA